CACCAAAGCCUCAAAGGCCCAUGCAGCCUAACAUGCUAUAGUCUUCGAGAACAAAAUUUCUUUCUCCGAUUUCUCCUGAUCUACAGCCGGAACUCAGGGUUUCGGAGUUGUGGCCCGCGUCAUCCCCAUCGUCACCUCCCGGUUCGACAUGGAAGCAGCUACUAGCACAGAAAAGGAACCGGAAACCGGCCCACCGACGGCAGAUGGUGAUGUUGAGAUGGGAAAUGGCACCGCGGCUGCUGGAGACACUUCGGAAGACGAAGAUUCAAAAUUGCAGAGUGAUAUACAGGCGCAGCUCGCGGCGGAGACGCGGGAUAGCGCCGCUGCACAGCCGUCCAACUCAACAUCCGAAGAAAUAUCUCAAACAGGCUUGGUAGUCAGUGAAGCGACGGACUCCGAUAGCGCAAAAUCUUACGAAGUGCCUCCGAACAUUGCGCGUAUCAGACAGGAGAUGUUCGAACUGCGACAGCCGAUUGAGUUGAGUCUGGAGGAGUACAACCUCUACUGGCCAUUCAUUGAUAAUGUGUGGGUGAAGCAGCGAUCUAGCACGACGCGUGAUAAAACUGCAACGUCAGACUACUAUUGCUGUCGCCAGCGCAAACAGCCGACCAGGCGCAAUGAAGAAAAGGCACAAGGCCAGCCGUAUCCUGAGGGGAAAAGGAGGCAUAGAGCAGUGCGAGAGGGGCCUGUCUGCGGUUUUCAGAUCAAAGUUGUCAAAACUGAGGGCACGUUUGCGUCCGUUACAAUUUCCCGACAAACUAAUUGCAGUGCGAAUCAUUCGCAUGACUUGGACCACAUGGAUAAAGUCAAGCGCAAUUCUGGAUUAUUGUCGUUUAUAAAACAGGAGGCAGAGAAGGCAUAUAUCCCAGCCUCAAUCCUGGCGAAAUUUCGUGAGGAUCCAGAUGCAUUAGCGGCUAUCGGAGGCAGGUUCCUGAGUGGGGUGGACGUGCGCAAUGUCUGCGCCAAAUGGCGCGCUGCAAACCCCAACGCAGAACUGAAGACACAUCAAGGCUACUUGUUUCAAAAUGGAAUCGGUGUCUACAAAGUUGGCUCUCGCCCAGCAUGCCCGGGUGCCGCGCAAAUUACGCCGCAACCCAAAAUCACACUAACAUCCCACGCCCCUGAUGCACUCGCGUUCCCAUCAUUUUCAUUAGAGUUUCUGCAACCAUAUCUUCCCACUCGGGAGGAGAACCGCAAGUUCCCACACGUUACACUGACCUAUGCGCAGUCUAUGGAUGGGAAAAUUUCUUUAGCGCCUGGUGUUCAGACGGUACUAUCAGGGCCAGAAUCCAAGCUAAUGACGCAUUAUCUUCGAUCACGUCAUGAUGCGAUAUUGAUUGGAGUUGGGACCGCUCUUGCUGACAAUCCUGGACUGAACUGUCGCUUAGAAGGCGCCGGCGGCUAUGGGGGCCUGGGCAAGAUGUGGCAACCAAGGCCAGUGAUAGUAGAUCCCACUGGUCGGUGGCCGAUUAACCCGGAAUGUAGAAUCCUAAAAACCGCGUUGGCUGGUAAGGGAAAGGCCCCCUGGGUCGUGGUCUCGCCAUGCGCGAAUAUCUCGGCUGACCGAAUCUUGCUUCUAAAGAAACAUGGGGGUGAUUUUCUAAGGAUUUCGGAAUUCAAUCCAUCCUGGCGUCUGCAAUGGUCUACGAUAUUUGGGGCUUUAGCUGCUGAAGGCAUCAACAGCAUUAUGGUUGAAGGAGGUGGAGUGGUUCUUAGUGAAUUACUCAACCCAGAAUAUGAGGACUUUGUUGAUUCCGUCAUUGUUACUGUUGCCCCAACUUAUCUAGGCCGUGGCGGCGUGGGUGUGGCCCCGGAUUCUAAAAGAGAUGAAUACGGAAAGCCGAAAGUCUCGCUCAAACCAAAAGAACCGAAAUGGCACGCGCUGGGUCAAGAUGUGAUCAUGUGCAGCAAAGUACGGGUUCCUCCUCCUCCACCAAUCCUUCCAGGAAUCGAAGAUGCAGCCCUCGGGCUUUCGGGCGAGUGA